AGUUGUAACUUUUCCAUGAAUUCAUUCGGAUUUCGUUUGUAGGUUGGAGGAUGUAUAAAGGUUUUUGAAAGAGGAUCGUUAGCAUAAAAGUGCUUCCCUCAUAAAAUGCUGUUCUCCCAACAUUUGUCAAACCAAAUUUAAUCUGAUGAUUCCAAGCAUCAUCUCAGGAUGUCCAAUAAGGUAUCUUUCGUCAUUAUCUGAAAGGAAAAACAUAUUUUCUAAACUUAACAUAAGUAAUACAGAUGAUUUUGGGAAGUCAUUUGAAAAUACUUCUAAGCCGAAAACGAAGUUAAUCGAAUCUCCUGGUGGAGCAACAGAUAACAUUAAUACACCGCCACAUGAUACAAUUUAUGCGUUUUUAGAGAAAGUUCUCUCAAAAUCUCGUCGGAAAAUUGACCUAAUUUCUGGAGAUGGGAAUUGUUUUUUUCGAUCAUUGAGUAAAGAAGUUUUCGGAAGUGAAAGAUUUCAUAAAUGGAUUCGAAAGCAAGUUGUUGACUAUAUGAAACAGCGACCAGCUUUAUUUUCACUCUUUAUUGAUGGCACUGAAACAAUUGACGACCAUGUAGAGAAAAUGCGUUCAGAUAAAGUAUGGGCAACAACAGCCGAAAUAUUUGCCGCUGCAACCUUUUUGGGAAUGGAUAUUUAUUUACUCACACCGGUUAUAAAUCAACAAUAUGAAUGGUUUCGUUUCCGACCUCUCAGAGAAGUAAAGCACAGGCGCUUUUAUGUCACUUUGUGUCAUACUGGAGCAGAACAUUUUGACAGAGUCGUUCCAACUGACAAUUUCGAUAAGGAUUUUCCUCCUCCAAUAUGUAGAGGAAGUUUUUUAGAUUAUUUUUUUUACUAAGUAAUCAUUAAAAAAAAUCAAAUUCUUAAUAUUAGCAGUAACACUUUUAUUUGGUACAUCAAUAAAAUGUACUUCCUUAUAUUCCAAUGAAGCAAUUAGACACCAACAUACAAUGAAAGAAUGGGAAGAAUAUAGUGUAAAAAAUACAAAAGUAAACAGAAUAUGAAUAAAAAUGUGAAAGACUG